GAAAUCCUGAAAAAAUUGCAGAAGCAAAUGUGUAUAUCCAAGUUCUCGAUGUUAAUGAUCAUGCACCAGAAUUCCCUAAAUAUUAUGAAACAUUUGUUUGUGAAAAUGCAGUUUCUGGCCAGCUAAUUCAAAGCAUCAGUGCAGUGGAUCAAGAUGACUCAGCAGAAGGUCACCGUUUUUACUUCUCAUUGGCUCAGGAGGCCACAAACAACUCACAUUUUACUGUCAAAGAUAAUCAAGAUAACACAGCUGGAAUUUUCACAGCAAGAAGUGGCUUCAGGAGGCAAGAACAGUUUUCUUUCUACUUGCCAAUCUUAAUUCUGGAUAACGGAACCCCAUCACUGACGAGCACAAAUACUCUCACUAUCACCGUCUGCGACUGUGACAUCGAAGUUAACACCUUCUACUGUCGAUACGGAGCUUUCAUGUAUGCCAUGGGUCUCAGCACAGAAGCUUUAGUUGCUGUUUUAGCUUGCAUACUAAUACUCAUAGUGUUCUUUUUGGCAAUUGUAGCGAUAAGGCAGCAGAGGAAGAAGUCUCCCUUUUCAGAGAAAAUGGAAGAAUUCAGGGAGAACAUUGUCAGGUACGAUGAUGAAGGAGGUGGCGAGGAGGACACAGAAGCCUUUGACAUUUCAGCACUGAGGACCCGCACUGUGAUGCGAACUCACAAACCUCGGAAGAAGGUCACUGCGGAGAUCCACAGCCUCUACAGACAGUCUCUGCAGGUUGGCCCCGACAGCGCAAUCUUCAGGCAAUUCAUUUCAGAAAAGCUUGAGGAAGCGAAUACAGAUCCUAGCGCUCCUCCGUAUGACUCACUUCAGACCUACGCGUUUGAGGGGACUGGCUCUGUGGCAGGAUCCCUCAGCUCUUUGGGUUCAAACACGUCAGACGCGGAUCAGAGUUAUGAUUACCUUACAGACUGGGGGCCACCCUUUAAACAGCUUGCAGCCAUGUACGCUUCCCACAGAAGUGUGGGGGAUUAG